ACACACAACUAAAAAGGAAUAUUGAAUUUCAUACUUAUUAAUUCCAACAAAAUUAAGAAUGGGUAAAGAGAUAAUGAGAUCAGAAUCAUCAACCAUGCCUAUGUUGGCAUUGAAUCAUGUUUCCUAUAUCUGCAAAUCUGUUCCCAAAUCUGUCAAAUUUUAUGAACAAGUUCUUGGCUUUAGUCUUAUACAGAGGCCCUCUUCUUUCCAAUUUGAAGGAGCUUGGUUGUUCAACCAUGGAAUUGGAAUUCAUUUGUUAGGAAAAGAAGAUGUGCAAUCAAAAAGGGGAAAAAUUAACCCAAAAGAUAAUCACAUUUCAUUUCAGUGUACAGAUAUGGAUCUUAUUAUUCAGAGAUUGAAUGAUAUGAAUGUUGAAUAUGUAACUACUACUGUUAAAGAAGGUGGAGUUACAGUGGAUCAACUCUUUUUUCAUGACCCAGAUGGCAAUAUGAUUGAAAUUUGCAACUGUCAGAAUAUACCAAUUAUUCCACUUUCCUCUUGCCCACUCAAAAAGCUCUCUAAUCUCCCAACAUUUAACCAAAAAACAAUGCCUAAUUCUUUGUAUGGGAAAGGUAGCAGUAAGGAGAAAUAUUGCGUAGGAGAAAUGGAAUAUGUAAUGAUGGAGAGCUUAGCCAUGAAUAUCAUAGACAUUUCAUUUUGAAAUAUAAAAUAAAGUAUAUUACCAUCUUGUAAAAAAUGAGUUUCCAUUUUUCACCCACGAAAAGAAAUACACAAGUUUCAUGUCAUAUAGGUUCAUUUGUACUAUGGUCAAUUCAUGUAUAACCAGUUUUCUUUUUGGAGGA